CUGGUCACAGCAAGAGACUGUCGACAAUGGCGGCGUCCCCUGUGCUGCUUUUCGCACAUGGUGCCGGCUUCUGCAAGGAGAUCUGGGCUCCGAUCGUCCACCACCUGCAGCAGCUCGUGCCGCGGCAACAUGAAGCUGCGUUGGAAUUUGUGAGUGUGGAUCUUUCUUUCCACGGAUCUUAUCGGGACAACAGCGUCGUCGCUCAAGUCGAUGAUAACGGCCCCCAUGUGACGCACCCUGCCAACAAUACAAUCGUAUUGGCCUCCGUCGCUCUUCUGCACAAAGCCCGGCAAUUUCGGGGUGCCGGUCGGCCGGUGAUUGGGAUCGGCCACUCGAUGGGCGCAGCGGCCCUCUGGAAGGGGGAGAUCAGCAGUCCCGGGACUUUUGAUGCACUUGUAUUCUUUGAGCCGAUAUAUGGGCCACCAACGCCGAUGGGUCCGAAUCGCCCAUACAUUUUCAUGGCAGACAUCACAUUGAAGCGAAAAUGGAAAUGCUGCUUCUCGUCCUGGGACCGCGAGAGUCUGGCAUGUUGGAUGCAAGGUGCCAUCGUUCCCGACGAAACGGAUGCCGAUGCUGUCGUGUUGGCGUGUCACCCGACCGUUGAAGCAUCGAUCUAUUGCGGCGGUCGGUUGUGGCUUUCAGAGGAAGAACAAGCUAAGACCAAGUGCCCAACCACAUUUCACAGCGGCAGCACCACGAAAAUGUAUCGCCAAGAGAUUUUCGAGGACAUAGCUUCUUGUCAUCCUGAAAUAUUUAAGACGCACGCCCCCAUGGUGGGAAGAUCGCACUUAAUGGUGUUGGAGGACCCGGAAGGCUGCGCGAAGGCCAUUGUUGCUGACCUUGAAACCUUAGGGUGCUUCAACGCUGCUGCCAAGUUGUAG